AUGGCUUCACCAGAGGUUCCAAAAACCUGCAAGGUCGUCACUGCGGAGACCAUUGCCAAAGGGCUUCUGACCGAGGUCAAGGAAACCUUGGCCAAACUUCAAGGAACCAACCCCAGCGAGCCCACCCUGACCGCCUUCUUGGCAAAUGGAGAUGCAGCUGCUGUCAAAUAUGCUGAAUGGUCAAAAAAGACUUGUCAAGACAACGGCUUCAAAUUCGAUCUCCGCGCCGUCGACAAAGACCUUCUCGAGGAAGAAAUCAUGAAGGCCAACGACGAUGACAACGUUGACGGCAUCAUUGUUUAUUACCCAAUCUUUCCUCAGAACCCGUCCCACGACAAGUACAUGCAAGAAACCGUAGACCUUUCCAAGGAUGUAGAAGGUAUGCGCCAUAAGCAUCUCUACAACAUGUACCACAACAUCCGAUUUCUCGACGGCCCAGAAAACAGGAAAAAGUCGGUUCUGCCAUGCACGCCGCUGGCCGUCGUCAAAAUCCUGGAGUACCUUCAGAUAUACAACCCCAUCCUGGCCUACGGAAACCGUCUUUUCGGCAAGACCAUUACCGUAAUCAACCGAUCGGAAGUCAAUGGACGCCCCCUCGCUGCUUUACUCGCCAAUGAUGGUGCCACUGUGUACUCUGUCGACAUAACCGGUGUUCAGCUUUUCACCCGUGGACAAGGAAUCAAAAAACCCCGUCACCAAGUUGAGGACAAGGAAGAAUGGGGCCUGAAGGACUGCUUACCUCUCAGCGAUGUCGUAAUUGGUGGUGUUCCUACAGAAUCAUUCAAGGUGCCGACAGAGCUCAUCCGCGAGGGUGCUGUGUGCAUCAACUUUUCAUCCUACAAGAACUUUGACGGACCAGCCAUCAAGGAGAAAGCCUCCAUCUACGUUCCCUCAGUAGGCAAGGUUACCAUUGCCAUCUUGCUCCGCAAUCUUGUUCGCUUGAUUGCCAACCGCCCUUCCAAAGACAAUUCUGACAAAGGAUUGAUUCAAGCCAAAUCUGAGGCGUUUGCUGAUGACUGA